AUGAAGCGGGCUCUACAUCACCCCCUCCUGCCUGCCAGGUACUCACCCAUCCUUUACCCCGGCCGGCGCUACGCCUUCCUCGCCUUAGUUUUAAAGGUCGGGAGCGAUCGUCCCGGUGCCUGCGAGCCCGCGACCUUCGCUCCGUCCCUGCCCCGGCGCUGCGCUGGCCAAGGGCCGGCGCUGCCUCCCUGGAGGCGGCUCCGCUGCCCCGAGCGCCGUGCCGGCGGGGCCGGGCGGAGCGGGGCGGGCGGGGCGGGGGCGGCGCGGGGCGGGCGCGGGCCGGCGCUGCGUGAGGGGGCGCGGGUGUCGGCGCUGUGCCUCGCCUGGUACGGGCUGAGCGCCGGCGGCAACGUGGUCAACAAGCUGCUGCUCGGCGGCUUCCCGCGGCCCGUCACCGUCUCGCUGUUCCACAUCCUGGGGCUGUGCGGGCUCCUGCCGCCGCUGCUCCGCGCCUGGCGCGUCCCGCCCGCCGGCCCCGCGCAGCUGCCGCCCCGCGCCUACCCCCGCUACAUCCUCCCGCUGGCCUUCGGCAAGUACUUCGCCUCCGUGUCCGCGCACGUCUCGCUCUGGAGGGUCCCCGUGUCCUACGCGCACACAGUGAAAGCCACGAUGCCGAUCUGGGUGGUGCUGCUGUCACGGAUCAUCAUGAAGGAAAAGCAGACGACGAAGGUGUACCUGUCUCUGAUCCCCAUCAUCACUGGUGUGCUGCUGGCCACGGUCACAGAGCUGUCCUUUGACAUGUGGGGACUCAUCAGUGCACUUGCUGCUACCCUCUGCUUUUCACUUCAGAACAUCUUCUCAAAGAAGGUGCUGAGAGAUUCCAGAAUUCAUCACCUUCGGUUGCUGAACAUCCUGGGGUGCCACGCUGUGUUCUUCAUGAUCCCAACGUGGGUUCUGGUGGAUCUUUCUUCCUUCUUGGUAGAGAAUGACUUGAGCUCCAUGUCUCAUUGGUCCUGGACCUUAAUGCUGCUUAUAAUCAGUGGAUUCUGUAAUUUUGCCCAGAAUGUGAUUGCCUUCAGUAUCCUAAACCUGAUCAGCCCCCUGAGUUACUCCGUGGCCAAUGCCACCAAGAGGAUCAUGGUGAUCACCGUGUCCCUGAUCAUGCUGCGCAACCCCGUCACCAGCACCAACGUCCUGGGCAUGAUGACAGCCAUCCUCGGGGUCUUCCUGUACAACAAGACAAAAUACGACGCAAACCAAGAGGCAAAGAAGCAGCAGCUGCUCCCAGUGACCACUGGAGACCUGGUGAACUUGGAACGGCACCGAAACCCCCCUGAGAAGUCCCAGAAUGGACUCGCAGCCUUUGGGGACUUCCAGUACGGCCGCAGCAACCUCCUGACAGAGCACUUCCAGCACAGCAGGCAGAGCUACCCAGCAGCCUACAACCUGAACCGUUUUGAUAUUUAGGAUCCUGGCAGACAGGUACAGACUGUGAUAUCAAAGUGUCCCCAGCAUUAUCAGAAAACUUCCAGUACAUCCAUGAAUGUCACCACGCCGCUGAACUGUGCGGGUUUGGCAGCGGGGCAGGUCCGUGUGGAGGGGAGUGGUGCAGGACCUGCAGCUGCUGCUGGGCAGAGCUUUAAACCUGGAACAGGCAGACCUGACACUGGAACCAACCCCACAGAGCAGAUCCUGGUGAGGUGCACGUGUCACUGCACAGUGGAACAUCUGUCACUGCUCCUUUCAGAGUCUGCCAGCUCGUUGUUCUCUUGGCAGCUGAAUUCUGGCCAGUAUCUCCUUUCCAUGCUGGUAAUGUCACCUUUAACUUGUUCUCCAAUAACGGUUCAAUGAUCCUUUUAAUGAAGCUUUCAGGAGGAAAUGAAAGCAAGGGGUACUUGUGCUGAUCAGGAUUGACUGAGGUGGAUCAGCUGCAGGCAGGUAAACUCGAGUUCAUCUCCAGCAUCUGUGCAACUGCUUGUGGAUAUUCACAACUCUUGUGCCUCUGCCUUCAGCCCUGGAUGACAAAGCAGAAGUGUUUCUGGAGGAGCAGGCAGUGGAAGGAUUGAUCUCUCCCAGAACUGCUUCAGGAAAAACACAGUUCUCCAAAUCACUGCUCGUGGCAGAGAACAACCAAGCCCAACCUAAAAUAAUCAUUGUUUUCUGAAUCAUGUAGUCCUGUAACUCCAGACAUUGCUAUCCCCUGGCCAUGCAGGAAACUCCUUCACAAAUAAAAGUGUUUGGAAUAAUA